AUGGACGGUGGCCAGACCUCUUCCAAUCCCGCCCCCGCUGGGAACUCCAGUGAUUUUGUACGCAAGCUGUACAAAAUGCUGGAGGACCCAACCUAUGCGUCGAUCGUACGCUGGGGCGAUGAAGGCGAUUCCUUUGUGGUAUUGGAGUGCGAGAAAUUCACCAAAACCAUCCUACCGAAGCACUUUAAACACAGCAACUUUGCCAGUUUUGUACGCCAACUGAAUAAAUAUGACUUCCACAAGGUUCGACAAAACAAUGAAGAAAAUGGCCAGUCGCCAUAUGGGCAGAAUGCAUGGGAAUUCAAGCACCCGGAGUUCCGCGCAAACAGCAAAGAAUCGCUAGACAACAUUCGAAGAAAGGCACCCGCGCCACGAAAACAAACCCAACCCACCGACGAGUCCGUACCCACGCAACAAAUCGAUCUUCUUAACCAGCAGAUUGUGGCGCAACAGCAGCAGAUCCAACAUCUAUCAGACCGAUAUGCCCAGCUCACGGUGGAUCACCAGCUCAUGCUACAGGAAGUCAUGCGAGUGCAGAAGACGGUUUUAAACCACGAGAAUGUCAUUCACCAGGUGAUGACCUACUUGCUUUCGGUGGAUGCGCGCCAGCGUCGAGACAGCAAGGCUGUGACAUUCCAAGCGCCCGGAACGACAAUGAGCCCUUCGCAGGUUGGUACUGUGGAUGACGAACCCUCGUCGCCCCUCCAACAAGCCUCAAAGCUCUUGAACGACAUGAACGCCGAACUGCAAUUCAAUAUGAACGGUGUCGACUCGAUGAACGAUCCUCAGAAGGCCGUCGUUUCAACUCCUUCCUUGGAUCCGAAUGCGCGAAAUGGUUCGCUCCGUCCCACAACAACUGCACCACCAAACCCAGCACUCGUUUACCCCAAGAUGACCGGCGAUCUGGAGCAAGUGGUCUAUCCCGUCGGUGCCACAAACGGCAUCGAUCCCAUGUAUAGCGAGCAUAUCAACAAUGUUCCGUACCCAAUGCCCGCCAAGCAGGAGAUCGAUACCUCAGAUGCUCGUCGGCAGUUUCCCGACAACCGGAAAAAGAGCACAAAUGUGGACCCUGGUUGGGUGCGCAGCCCGCAGAUCCUCUUGGUUGAGGACGAUGCCACUUGUCGACAGAUUGGCGGCAAAUUCCUGUACUCUUUCUCGUGUGUUAUUGAUACCGCGUUUGACGGCUUGGAGGCUGUGAACAAAAUCCAAGGUGGCUCAAAAUACGAUUUAAUUCUGAUGGACAUCAUUAUGCCGAAUUUGGACGGUGUAUCGGCAUGCCAUCUUAUUCGCCAAUUUGAUCGCACCCCUAUCAUUGCCAUGACCUCGAACAUCCGAAGCGACGACAUCCAGCUCUAUUUCCAGCAUGGAAUGGAUGAUGUUCUUCCGAAACCAUUCACCCGCAAGAGUCUCCUCGAUAUGCUUGAGAGACACUUGGAUCAUCUCAAGAUUUCACCACAGAACCCAGGAAUGGAGCCAGUCCGACCUUCCGCAGCCGCUGUGACCAUGGCAGCUGCAACUCAAAGUUCAGCAAACCAGUCGAUCAAAGAAGACAGCUCUCCAGGCCAGUCGCCCGCUGGAUCAAUGACUAACUGGCAAUCGCCUAGCCAAUUCCAAAACAUGCAGGCUGUUCCACCGAAUAUGCCAGCAGUUCAAGGGCCAUACGUUACAGCUCCACCAGCCGCCUACACUGUUGACCAGAACGGCGUCCAGUACCCAGCAGCACCAGUAGGAGUCCCAACUGGGGGCGCUCCUAUUCGUCCCCCGCAUCGCCGUCAAAUCUCCGAAAUGGGCAAUGCGGCCGAUAACCCCAACAUGCCAAAACGGCAGCGCAUGUACUCCCAACCUCAACCAAUGCUUGCCGUGCAAGCUGGCCGACCUGGCUAA